AUGUUACAGUUUUACGUACCAGAGGUGAAAGAAGUGAUAGAGGUGACCGAUGAGGCUGACGACUUGGUUCAAAAAGAACUAGAGAAGUUCGAGAAGUCUCACGGAAUUACCGAUUGA